CCCCAGUCCUCGCUCAGCCGCCGCCUGUACGUCAGCGCAGCGCGGUGCGAGAGGGCGCACGAGUGUUGUCAGCCAGGGACCCAGCCGAAAUGUCGGAAAGCGGGAGUCAGGAAGCCGCCGCGGCCCCGAAUGGCUCCGGCAGCCCGACGGACCGGACACCUCGACCGAGCGUCGGCAACAGAGUGACCGUGGUGCUCGGGGCUCAGUGGGGCGACGAGGGGAAAGGAAAAGUCGUGGACCUGCUGGCACAAGACGCGGACAUGGUGUGCAGAUGUCAGGGGGGUAACAACGCAGGACACACGGUGGUGGUCGGCUCAGUGGAGUACAACUUUCACCUCCUCCCCAGCGGCAUCAUCAGCCCCAAGGUCACUGCCUUCAUUGGCAAUGGUGUGGUGAUCCACCUCCCAGGCCUAUUUGAAGAGGCAGAAAAGAACCAACGCAAAGGAAAUAGUUUAAAAGGCUGGGAGGAAAGGUUGAUCAUCUCAGACAGAGCACACAUUGUGUUUGACUUCCACCAAGCAGUUGAUGGCGUUCAGGAACAGCAGAGACAGGAGCAAGCAGGCAGGAAUCUCGGUACAACAAAGAAGGGGAUUGGUCCAGUGUACUCGGCCAAGGCAGCACGUAGCGGUCUCAGGAUAUGUGACCUGCUGGCUGACUUCACUCAGUUCUCUGAAAGGUAUAAAGUAUUGGCCAAGCAGUACAAGGCCAUGUACCCCACUCUGGAGAUUGACAUCGAGGGAGAGCUGGGAAAAUUAAAGGACUAUGUGCAGCGGAUCAAGCCCAUGGUGAGAGACGGAGUGCACUACAUGUACGAAGCUCUUCAUGGUCCUCCGAAGAAGAUCCUGGUAGAAGGAGCCAACGCUGCGCUGCUGGACAUAGACUUUGGGACGUACCCGUUUGUGACAUCGUCCAACUGCACGGUGGGCGGGGUGUGCACCGGUCUCGGCAUGCCACCUCAGAACGUCGGGGAGGUUUAUGGGGUCGUCAAGGCGUACACCACCAGAGUGGGCAUCGGAGCGUUCCCCUCAGAGCAGAGCAACGAGAUCGGAGAGCUGCUACAGACCCGCGGGAAGGAGGUGGGCGUGACCACAGGCAGGAAGAGACGAUGUGGUUGGCUGGAUCUGGUGCUCAUCAAAUAUGCACACAUGAUAAAUGGCUUCACUGCGUUAGCUCUCACCAAGCUCGACAUACUUGAUGUGUUCCCGGAGAUCAGAGUGGGCGUAGCGUACAAAGUGGACAACAAGCCUAUACCUCACUUUCCAGCCAAUCAGGAGGUGCUGCAGCGCGUUGAGGUCCAGUAUGAGACGCUGCCCGGCUGGAACAGUGACACCUCGGCUGUUCGCAGCUUCGAGGAGCUGCCCGAGAACGCCCAGAAAUAUGUCCACUUCAUCGAGGAGCAUUUGGAUGUGCCUGUCAAAUGGAUCGGAGUGGGCAAGUCCCGGGAGUCCAUGAUCCAGCUGUUCUAGACGGAGGGAGGACAAUGAGGAUGCACAGCAGCGAAUCAACUGUACCUUUGUUACCCCCCCCCACCCACCCACUCACCCACCCACCCACACACACACACACACACACACACACACACACACACACACACACACAGCCUACCUGUCUCAGCUCUCCCACAGAGACACGACCACCACGUCUGUUCUUAAUGCUUUAUGCCUGUGUAAGGUCCGACCGUCCCACGUUACGGACGAGACCUCUCUGGAUCAAGACCCCGUCGGACUCACCUCCCUGUACGAGUGGUUCCCAACGUCUCCAUCUGCAUUUUUAACCGUAGUAAACUAUUAGGAUAUAUGUUACACGGCCCAGUCCCUCUUUAAUUUGUCCCUGUUUAUAUCGUAGUCAUUUCCUUCCAGAGGUACAACACACUUAGCAACACCAGCUGCCCGCCGGUCUGCGGGGACAGGAGGGAAUGGACACACACAGAUCACCGCCUGCAGGGACUGUCCCAGAUGUUUGGUCGGUCAAGCUUUGUCCAAGUGUAUUUUGUUGAUCUAUACUGUGUUUUAAUGCGCUGUGCCAAUCUAUUAUGUUUAAAUGAUUUUUAACUUUAUCCGCUUCAUAUUUUAAUCUGCCAGGUGUACAACACAUCCUGACUUGAUAAAGGGAUCCUUUAAUAUUUUAA